AUGUACAACAACAAUUUUUCAGGACAUAUUCCCGACACUUUAAGAAAUUGUCAUUUUUUGACAUUUUUGGAUCUAGGGUCGAAUCAAUUAACGGGGUCAAUACAAUCUUGGAUUGGUACUGAAAUGAUGAUCCUAGAGACACUCAUAUUGAGUAGGAAUUCCUUUGAUGAAAGUAUCCCAACAACGUUAUGCCAACUCAAGUCUUUACGGUUAUUAGACCUUUCAGAGAAUCAAUUGAAGGGGGAGAUUCCAAGAUGUGUAUUUCCUGCAAUGGCUACGGAUGAAAGUGUAAAUGAGAAAUCCUAUAUGAUUUUUCAUACAAUUAAGGAAAGUCUUUCUAUAUAUCUAAAUAGAAAAUAUCCAUUUCGUGUUCGACUUAAAAGAUAUGAUGUGUCUAUUCAGAGUUCAUUUGUAAUUGAAUAUUUAAGAAUGAUUGACUUGUCGUCAAAUUCUUUAACACAAGGCAUUCCUGUUGAAAUUACAAAGCUAGUUCAUUUGCAUUCGUUAAAUUUGUCGGGGAACCAGUUGGUGGGUUCUAUUCCUUCCAAUAUUGGUGAAUUGGAAAACUUGGAAGUAUUGGAUUUAUCGAGGAAUCAAUUAUCAUGUGGCCUUCCCACUACCAUGGUUAAUAUGGUUUCCCUAGAAGUUUUGGACUUAUCAUACAACACUCUGUCUGGGAAACUUCUACCAUGGGAGGAACAGUUUGCGACAUUCGGCAAUGAAUCCUACGUGGGUAAUCCACUCCUUUGUGGCUAUCCACUCGCACAAAAAUGUCAGGAAAACAGAAACAGCUCGUUGGAGGACACACAUUGCAGGCACAAAGAAGAGAAUGGAAAUGAUAGCAACCAUGAAGACACCAGAAAGGGCUUGAGUAUCAAUCCAUUCUACAUAACCAUGAUUGCAGGAUUUUUCACUGGAUUUUGGGGCUCCAUAUUACUCUUUGCAUCAUGGAGACAUGCAUAUUUCCGUUUUCUAAACAACAUGGAAGAUCGGAUAUAUGUCACUGUAAUUGUCACGUAUAAUAAAUUGCAGAGGAAGUUUCGCACUCAACUACCUCCCCAGUAA